CUGAAAUCUCUUUAUCAUUAAGCUUGGGCCCUGACUACCCCUCACCUCGGUUUCGGAGAUCUUGGGGUAAUAGAGGGGCUAGAUACAUCUCUUUCUCCAGUUAUUCACACUCCUGGCCGGCGGCAUGGUUCCGGGCUCCGAGAUACCAGUUUGAAUCCAUCAUGGUCAAGAUAGCACGGGAUGCAACCAUUGGUAACGAAUAAUGCGGAGGACUAAAUCAGCCUCCGUGGAUUCCGGGGUUGAAUUAUAGCGAUCUUAUUGAAAAGUCAAGCAUAUAGCUCUCUAGCUUUCAAUACAAAAUCUCAACCUCGUUUCUCAUUUCCUUACAUUCUGGUAUCUAAGCAAGCGAAUAUCACGAUCCAUCCAUCUCUUCUACGAUGUCAACCCAAUACGUCCCCCCAGAAGCCGACUACUGGCUCCCCGUCCCGCUCCCGGGGGAAACAUGGCACACUCACACCAUCCACACGCACUACUUCGGCUGGAGCAUCCCCUCUGAAAAACUCGGCUGCUUCAUCUACGUCCGCGCCCAGCCGCACUUCAAGCUCUGCCUCGCGGGCGUCUCCAUCUUCCGCGGCAUGGAUAACCUGCGUCCCCUCGACUGCGAGCACUCCAACAUCGUCAAUACCCUCCCAUGGCCGACCGUCACACCGACCGGUGAGGGCGGCUGCAUGAAGCUCGAGACGGAGAAUGGGCUGAGUAUCGAGUUUCUGGAGCCGGGGCAUAAGAUGCGGAUUGUGUAUAAGAGCAAGGACGGUGCGACGCAUUUCAAUGUCACGCAGACGGGGCUUUGUCCUGCGCUGCCUAGGGGUCAUGUGAUGGCGGGUGAGGACCGCGAUAGGCGCGAGGGGCAGAAGCCUGGUGGGCUGGAGCAGCUGAUGCAUUGCGUGGGCGAUGUAACGCUGAACGGGAAGGAGUACAAGAUUGACUGCUCCGCAUCGCGGGACCGGUCUUGGGGUCAGGUGCGGACAGAGGACGAAGUCACGUUCCCGCCGAUUGGAUGGUCGCCGAUGGCAUUCGAAAAGGAACUCUCAUUUAACCAGGUCGGGAUUGAGGACUACCAGAAGAGCACGCCGGAUUGGGAGGGCGUGUUCAAGUAUGAUAAGAGUAAGCCGUCGCACCAUUUUUCGUGGCUGGUGAAGGAUGGCACCGAGGUGAGGAAUGUGGUUAAGGUGCAUAGGAGAGUGCUUGAGUUUCACCCGCAGUUACAUUCGGCGAUAAAGCAGGAGAUUGAGUUCGAGGAUGAUAAGGGGGAGAAGUACUUUAUCAAGGGGGAGGCGAUUGCGGUUGCGCAGUUGCCGUCUUGGCCAAACAACGUCUUUGUGGAUAGUGUGUAUAAGUGGGAGGACGAUAAGGGGAGGGUCACUCACUGUGCGUACCAAGAGGCGUGGUAUGCAAGGUAUCAGCAGUUUGUUAAGGGGUUGCUGGAUAUCAAGCCGAAGCACGCAAUCCCGUAG